ACUGCCGCUGGAUCUUGGACACCCAAACGUUCCCAAGCACACUUCGCGCUCACUUAUAACUCGCCUAUAUGUCUGACGGAUUCUGCGAUAACUGUUUCAAGGGUGUUCGCCAUGAGGGCACCCCGGAGGGCAAAUUUGAGACGAUCGCGGGAGUAGAAUGCUAUACCGCGACGCCCACAGGCGACUACCCUAAGGACAAGGUCGUCCUCUUCUUCACCGAUGUUUUCGGGAUUCCUCUCGUCAACAACAAGCUGCUCGUCGAUGACUUCGCGCGGAAUGGCUACCGCACGAUCAUGCCCGAUCUCUUCCAGGGCGAUGCGCUUCCCGAGGACGCCCUGUCCCGCACUGACUUCGACCGCGCGGGGUGGAUGUCUCGGCACGGGCCCGAGAGCUGGGAGCCCGUGGUCGAUCGCGUCGUUCAAGCCCUACAGGCUGAGGGCGUGACCUGGAUAGGAACGACGGGCUACUGCUUUGGAGCCCCGCCCGUGUGGCGACUCGCGCUCAAGGGCUGGAGCAAGGUCUCCGUCGUCUCGCACCCUUCGCGACUCCGGGUCCCAGAGGAUCUUCAGGAAUACUUUGAGAAGGCGAAGGCGCCGCUCCUGAUUAACAGCUGUGAGGUUGACAACGCGUUCCCUCAGGAGGCGCAGAAGGUCGCAGACGAGAUAUUCAGCGGAAAGUUCGCACCGGGGUACGAGCGUACGUAUUGGGAGGGGUGCACGCACGGCUUCGCCGUCCGCGGAGACCUGAGCAACCCGAAGAUCAAGGCUGGCAAGGAGGGCUCGUUCGAAGCUACAGUGAAGUUCUUCAACAAAUAUAAAGAUUUGUAGGGAGUGCUGUCUACUCAGUGUGCGUCGUACUAUGCCAAGAUACAAUGUCAUGAGAUAUUGUCCAUUGCCACUUGUGAAUUGAAGGAUAAUUAUAAG